GGUUUGAUGUCAACAUCAUCAGCUGAAAGACUUGAGAAACUACAGAAAGAGGAAACAGCCACAAACCAGAGAGAAAACCGAGGCAGAGAAGUGGAUUCUAUAACAAGUACAAUAGACUUAUUACAAAAGAUUAUAAAGAUUCAAAAAUUUAAUUCAAUAGCAGACAAAAGUUUUUGAGAAGAUCAGUGAAGCUUUAGUUCAGUACAGAAUGAAGAAUUUCUUUACCUUCAUCACCUUCUACCUGAUCUCAGGUUCAGUGCACUGCUUUGAUGUGAUCAGUUAUCCUGGAGGUCGUGUCAUAAUUUACUUCAUAAAUCCACCAAUCAAGUCAUCUGUGCAUUUUUGCAAAUUUAUAGCAAACACCGAGUGUAAAGAUUUGCUAACAGCUCAGAUCUCAGAGUUAAACAACCUGAUUCAUAAGGACAGAAUUGCUCUGUUUUACACUGGAGGAAUAAUUACACUGAUUUACAUAAACCUGAGUUUACAGGAUACUGGAAUGUAUCAGUUUGGAGACUUGAACUGGAAUCACAACAUUAACCUGACAGUGAACAGUGAUCCAUGUUGUAGUGGGACAAAAGCAGUCACAGGUCAUUUGGGACAGAAUCUGAUGAUCAGCUGCUUCUAUCCAGUAGAGUUUGAAACAAACCCCAAGUCCUUCUACAGACUAGAUGGUUUCAGUGGAUCUGAACUGAUCCGUACCAGUGGAACAGAACAACACCAGGACGGCAGGUUCUCCAUUUCUGAUGACAGGAAGAAUAAAGUUGUCAGUGUGAACAUCACUAAUUUGAGAAAAGAUGAUGGAGGACUUUAUUCCUGUGCAGUUACUGAAGACAUGCGUUUAUUCAGUUAUCAGUCGUUCUUCACAGUAAUUCAGCUCCAAGUUACUGAAGUAACAAAAGACCCAACAGAGAAUCCAGAUGUCACAUCAGACACAUCUGAGUCUGGAGGAUCCACAUUCAUCAUCAUCAUCAUCAUCAUCAUCACUGUGUGUGUCUUUGUGACUCUGCUGCUGAUUGGAGGAUUUGUACUCGGCUACAAGUUGAGACACAAAACACAAGAUUCUGCCCCUUUAAGCCAGAGAACAGAAACAAAUAACACGGCUGCUGAUUAUGAAAACGAUCUACUUCAGAUUCAGAACAAUAUGAUGUCUCCGGUCUACCAAAGCCUAAUUCCCAAUACAAACCAAUCAGAUUCAGUCUACCAAAGCCUAACUGCAAGCACUAACCAAUCAGGUUCAGUCUACCAAAGCCUAACUCCAAGCACUAACCAAUCAGGUUCAGUCUACCAAAGCCUAACUCCAAGCACUAACCAAUCAGGUUCAGUCUAUCAGAGUUUAGAGGGUAACACAACCAAUAAGAUUCAGUCUCCCAGAUUCUAGACGUCAACACCAACUAACGCCAAUCAGUCAGAUUCAUUUUUCUGGAGCUUAACUCUCAAAACCAUGUUAAAUGAAAGCAAUGUAAAACUUUGUAUCCUGUUAUCAUCUAAACCUGUAAAUGCAUUCUGCACUUGUCCAGACACUGGGAUGUGAUUUUAUUUUUUUCUAAUCUUGUGUAUUUAUUCUCAACAAUGUUUUUUUUUCUAUCUAAACUUGGCAUUGUGUACAUAUUCUGCAUUUAUACAAAAAGACAGAAAAUGUGUAAAGGAACUAUUUCUGCUUUAUCAAUCAGCAAUGUUGUUCAUGGGAAACAUUCUUAAGGUAGAUUUUUAUAUUCAGCUAUUUGUUUUAUUUAACCAGUCAGAACAGUAAUAUGAUUUCAGCUGAAUUUUAUUGCAGACCAUCUCCCACUGGUCAUUUCCCAACAUCCCCACUAGUUAGCUCUUCUCAUCACACACUUGCAUGUGAUUCCUCCAAGACACAUGAAGACACUGCACUUUUCCAUCUUCUGUUCAUGCUACAUCACAGGGCAGCUGAACAUCUCUUACUCCUACGUGAGCUCAAAGAACCACACAAUUGGUCAAUGUUACUCUGAAUUUCAGGGGAAGUAACACCAUCCCUCCCACUCAGACAGCACAGCCACUUCUCUUCUCUCAAAUUUCCAAACACUGAUGGCUGUGACAUCAUCAAAAUUAAUGUCAGAAAUAAACGUCAGAUUUCUCAGUAGAAUUUUUUUUUUUUUACUGAGCAACGCUGUGCAUUAACUAACUAAGCAUGUUUGUAUAUAAAGCCUGACUACAUUAAUAGUGGCAUUUUUUAUCAUGUAUAAUAUAUUCUUUUUUUUUUACAAGAAUCUUCUGCAACAAACUACUGCAGAUACGUUUGUUUAAACAUAACUGUAGCGUUUCC